CGUCUUGAACCAUGCUUGAAUGGAGGUGACCUUAGUUAUUGUCAAAUUGUAAAGUGAAGAGACUUGGAGACAGCUUCGGGGUGGACACAGCCGGUACAUCGCGCCAGUCCGGUCCGCUUUAGAUGCUGCUAAGCUUGACUUAAAUAUUUCUGAAGACUUUUUGAGUGAGCAGCACGAGCAGAGAUGGCAGAGGCACAUCAGGCACGCAUGCAGACUGAGGUGGAAGAAAUGGUCCAAAGCCUGGAGAGAGACCACAUCCGUAAAAUGCAGGGUCGCAUGUUCAAGUGCAGCGCAGACUGCUGUGAUCGCUCCACGGACUCCAUGUCUCAGGUGCAUCAGUGCAUCGAGAGGUGUCACACGCCGUUGGCCAAAGCUCAGGGACUGGUCACUUCAGAGCUGGAGAAGUUUCAGGAUCGCCUGACCAGAUGCACGAUGCACUGCAACGAUAAGGCGAAGGAUCUUUUUGACUCUGGCGCCAAGGAGCCAGCUGUUAGAUCGCUGAUGGACCGCUGCGUGGGCAGCUGUGUGGAUGACCACGUUAACCUGAUCCCCAGCAUGACCAGAAGACUCAAAGAGAAUUUGGACUCUAUACAGCAGUGACAAGCAAGAUGGAUGGCUGUGGUCCAUCCUGGAGAAAGCCUGGGCUCUUUACACGUGGUAAAGCAGUACAGGGUUAGUCGACUCAGCCAGUUUGACCAGUAAACAACUGAAGGAUAAAGGGGCUAGAACACCAUGAAAAGGCAGGGAGAGAUGAAGGGUGGAGCUUUGUAAGCUGUUUUAUAAACUGUGACUUUGAAUUUUGGUGUUGUGGAGAUUUAAAACUGCUCAUUGUGAGACUUAUUGUUGUCCUCUGUAAUUUACAAACAGCAGCCAUCUUGGAGAGUGGGAGUUUAAAGUUUUUGGCUUGUUAGAUCACCUGCAGUGAUACAUCUGGUGUCACAUUGAUGUGUUUACAAAACAGCAGCACAAAAAUGCUUCAAGUGUGCAUUUUUAAAAAUUGGUAAACUCACUCAGUACAAGUGAGUCACAUUUCAAAAUAUACAGUACACCAUGCAAUGGACAUGAUUCAGAUAUGAAUUCAUUCAUGCAUAGUUUUGUAUAUGCUUUCUAUUCAGCUCUUCUCAGCCAUAUUUAAUCUCUGAAGUUCCUCGCCAUCAUAAGCCCCCUCAUCCCAUGUUCAAUUUUUUUUUGUCAUUUUAUUGUCAGUUGUUCUUUGAUUGUCUUACCUCUCACAGCGAGAUGUGCUUAUAUAACUGAAUUAAAAGUACUGUAAAUGUAA